GUUUAUAUAGAUUUGCAGCAUGUGGAUGCGUCUCAUGUAUCCAGGCGGCUGGAAUGUCUAUUUUUAGUAUAACUGGAAUAGAAGUCGCAACACUUAGAACAGAGCAAGAUAUGAUCUGGGAAUGGACAUGGUAGACCGUCUCUCUGUGUGAAGAACAAGACAGUAAAACACAUUUAGUCCGCAGAAAAUCAAAAUGCCUGCGAAUCAGACUCGAUCCAGGGUGAGGGAACGAAGCAAUGUGCUGAACAGACCCGAGUUUUUGUCUCUAAAUCAGCCUUUGAAGAGCACGAGCGCUGAAGCUCGCGGCGCUGCACGGAGGCCGUCGCAGAGAUACCAGCAAAGUCAAAACCAGCAGGGCGCAAACGCGCAGCAAGAGACGCCCGAGAACAAUAAGGAAAAGAAGGAAUUACCAGAAGAAGACUGCAUGCAGCUAAACCCCUCUUUCAAAGGCAUCGCUAUGAACUCUCUUCUGGCCAUUGAUAUCUGCAUGUCUAAACGGCUCGGCGUGUGCGCGUACAGCACAUCCUCUUGGGGAAGCGUGCGCUCUAUGGUCAAGCUCUUGGCGCUCACUGGCCAUGGCAUCCCGUGGAUCUUCGGCACAAUUGUGUGUCUCACGAGAAGCAACACGUUGGCCGGUCAAGAGGUUUUGGUCAAUUUGCUGCUAGCUCUCUUACUGGAUGUGAUGACUGUAGCAGGCAUGCAGAAGUUGGUGAAGCGCAAAGGGCCAUGGGAAAUGGCGCCUGGUUUCCUCGACUACCUGGCCAUGGACAUCUAUUCUUUCCCAGCAGCCCAUGCAAGCCGAGCAAUCAUGGUAUCUAAAUUCCUGUUGGCACACUUGGUGCUUGCAGUUCCCCUGCGUAUUUUGCUUGUGUUAUGGGCAGUCCUAGUUGGCAUGUCCCGUGUGUUGCUAGGUCGUCACCAUCUGACAGAUGUCGGAUGCGGCUUUGCCUUAGGAUUCCUUCAUUACAGUUUAGUGGAGAUGGUGUGGCUGUCUUCCAACACUUGCCAGACUCUAAUAUCAAUAGGAACAUUCAACUGGAGCCCCCUCUACUGAUCAGUACCUGUCUUUUGAAGGAUUUUUAAAGUCGCCAUAGUUUUUUUUUUUCUAUUCAUUUUAAGCACCCUAAAUCUAUUCUAAAAAGUGUGUGAUAGAAACAUGUACUUUUCUAAAACAUAACCUAAGCAGCACACAUCCAUAAGUUUGAUCUGAACAUUUCAUGUUCUAUUUCUGCCAAAACAACAAAAAGUAUUAAGAAAUGCUUUGCAAAAGCAUCAGGUGCACAGUUUUCCCUUUCACUUUAAAAGAAAGGAUAUGGAUGCAAAUAUUUUUCUUAUUAUCGCUAACACUGAUGAAGGCCAAAUCAGUAUGUGUGAUUUAUAUCAAAGCGGCUGAUGAAUUUUACUGAUCACAGUAAGUGAGCGAAACAUUUGCUCAGGGAUUACAUAAAGUAGCAUAAUGAGUAAUUUCAGAUGUCUAUUUUCUUGGAAUUGUAUAUAAUUUUCAGACUAUUUACCUUGCAUUUGAGAAAAAGUUGUAAAUGAAACCACCACAGAUAAUUCAGCAUUUUAUGGACUAUUUUGAGUGUCUGGAGUUUAAAUACAAUUGUACUGACAUUUCAUGAUACUCUGAAUGCAUCCCAUUUAUAUGAAUAAAACUACUUAAGCGUUCAAACUGAAAACUGAAAACACAUUUUUCACCAUUACCAAAAACUGCAAUGCUGUUUAUAUGAAAUUUGAUGUUGUUUAAUUCCAAUCACUGCAAGCCCCAGAUGUGCCAUUUUGUAUGAUUUCCACAGCAGUGUUAUGUAUGGUAUGGACCUUUUGGAAAUAAAUGAAUCCCUUCAUUGAA